CACACCAUGUGCACAUAAGUCUCACAUCACGUCUGAACCUCGGCAGUCGAUGGCAGCAAAAAUGCCUUCUAAAAUCAUACGCUUUUAUCAGGUACCGGGCUUAUCCACUGGGAAGCAUGAAGUAGUGCUUUCUAAACUUAGAGCUGCCAUUCCUCGUGUGGAAAUCACAAAACUUGCGACGGAGAUAUGCUUCAACGUGAGCAUUCAAGAUGGCUGUGAACUUGAGGCAGACAAAGUCGAACAUUUAGAAUGGCUUUUUAGCAAAUCAUUCGAAAGGGAGAACCUCACGAGAGAUACAUCCUUUUCAGUUGAGAAAAUUGAGGCAGAGCAACCGGCUAGUAGAUGUGUCGUUAUUGAGAUCGGUCCAAGGUUGAAUUUUUCAACAGCAAACUCGACCAAUGCAGUGUCCAUAUGCCAUUCGUUGGGUUUAAAAAAAGUUGAUCGUAUCGAGCAAUCAGUGAGAUACUUGAUACAGACAAAACCUAGAAACGAGGAUGAUGAAAAACCUCUGACUGAUAAGGAGGAACAAACACUGGUAUCUAAACUACAUGAUCGAAUGACACAGUGUAGAUAUACUAAACCUAUCACUACAUUCGAGAUAGACUUUCAUCCCGAACCCUGCUAUGACGUAGAUGUCAUGGAAGGGGGAAGGGGUGCAUUGGAGAAAGUUAACAAAGACCUAGGACUUGCCUUUGAUGAAUGGGAUCUCAAUUAUUACACCAAGCUUUUCAAGGAGAAAGUAGGCCGCAACCCAACAAGUGUUGAGUGCUUUGAUCUGGCACAGUCCAACAGUGAGCACUCGCGUCAUUGGUUCUUUUGUGGCCGGCUAGUGGUAGAUGGCCAGGAAAUUGACAAGUCAUUGAUGAGGAUGGUCAAAGACACUCAAAUAACCAGUAAUGAUAAUAACGUCAUCAAGUUUAGCGACAAUAGCAGUUCCAUUAAAGGUUACCAAGUUCCUUUACUUAUUCCUGAUGAACCAGCAACUGCUAGCAAGUUUCAUCUUUCAGAAGAUACCACCAGACAUAUCAUAUUCUCAGCAGAAACCCACAACUUUCCAACAGGGGUAGCUCCAUUCCCAGGUGCCACAACUGGCACUGGUGGGAGAAUCCGUGAUGUCCAGGCUGCCGGCAGAGGGGCCCAUGUAAUUGCUGGGACUGCAGGAUAUUGCUUUGGAAACUUGCAGAUACCAGGCUACAAGCUUCCAUGGGAGGAUCCUGAUCUGGUUUACCCCAACAACAUGGCGCCUGCUUUGGAGGUGGCAAUAGAGGCCAGUAACGGUGCAUCUGACUAUGGCAACAAGUUUGGAGAGCCCGUCCUUGCCGGCUUUGCCAGGUCAUUUGGUAUGAGGAUGCCAAAUGGAGAGAGACGUGAAUGGGUGAAACCCAUCAUGUUUAGUGGUGGAUUAGGAACCAUUGAUGCCCAUAGUGUGACUAAAUUGGCACCAGAAAAGGGCAUGGAAGUGGUCAAGAUAGGCGGACCUGCGUACCGCAUAGGGGUAGGUGGAGGGGCUGCUUCAUCUAUCCAGGUUCAAGGAGACAACAUCUCAGAACUCGACUUUGGAGCUGUCCAGCGGGGGGAUGCAGAGAUGGAGCAAAAACUAAACAGGGCUAUCCGAGCCUGUCUGGAAAUGGGCAAGAGAAAUCCUAUCUGCAGUAUACAUGACCAGGGAGCUGGGGGCAAUGGUAAUGUUUUGAAGGAGAUCUGUGAGCCUGCAGGUGCCGUUAUAAGAGUGAAGGAUUUUAUCCUUGGAGACCCAACUCUGUCUGUAAUGGAGCUCUGGGGGGCUGAAUACCAGGAAAGCAAUGCCCUACUUGUGAGGGCUGAAGAUGCAGCAAAACUAAGAACAAUAUCGAGUCGAGAGAAAGUUCCUGUCUCAUUUGUAGGGACAAUAACUGGUGAUGGGAGAAUAGUUCUUGAAGAUGAUAACUCCUCUGAGGAAAACGGGAUGCUUGACACUUCUUUGGCUAAACGCCAAAAGACCACAAAAUACCCUGUAGACCUAGAGCUGGACGUAGUUUUGGGCAAGAUGCCAAAGAAAGUGUUUACACUUGAUCACGUCAGUCCCAUGUUGCAACCUCUUUCAUUGCCUCAGGGUCUAACUGUGGCAGAAGCCUUACGCCGUGUUCUAAGGCUGCCCUCAGUGGCCAGCAAGCGCUACCUAACAAACAAGGUUGAUCGCAGUGUAACAGGACUGAUUGCACAGCAGCAGUGCGUUGGUCCUCUCCAUACGCCAGUUGCAGGUGUUGCUGUUACAGCUCUCUCCCACUUUCACACUGUUGGGUCCGCAACAGCUGUAGGGGAACAGCCAAUCAAAUGCUUGGUAGACCCUGGAUGUGGAGCACGCAUGACUGUGGGGGAGGCUCUUACGAACUUGGUGUUUGCAAAGAUCACAGAUCUAAAGGACGUCAAAUGUAGCGGCAACUGGAUGUGGGCUGCCAAGCUUCCAGGAGAAGGAGCGGCUUUAUACGACACAUGUAAAGCCAUGUGUGGUGUCAUGGCUGAGCUGGGUAUCGCCGUGGAUGGCGGCAAAGACUCACUAAGUAUGGCUGCCCGUGUCGGCAGUGACACGGUAAAGGCACCAGGUGCUCUGGUGGUGUCUGUCUAUGCUGCAUGCCCUGAUGUCUGCUUGACCGUGACCCCAGACCUAAAGCUUCCUGGCGGGAAUGGGACCCUCCUGUAUGUCCGCAUGGGUGCGGAGGGGUGGCGGCUUGGUGGAAGUGCACUGGCCCAGGUGUAUCAGCAGAUUGGGGAUGUGUCGCCUGAUAUGGACAAUCCACAGCUUUUCAUCUCUGCGUUCAACACAACGCAAGAGCUACUCUCACAGAAGCUCAUCACUUCCGGUCACGACGUCAGCGACGGAGGCCUAGUCACCACUCUGCUGGAAAUGGCAUUUGCUGGAAACUGUGGCCUGGACACCAACAUCCCUGUCACCAGCUGGACGCCACAGCACAGCAAAGCCAUAGAUGUAUUGUUCGCCGAAGAGCUUGGCCUGGUUCUGGAAGUUAAACCUGAGAAUGUCGAGGCUGUUCAGAAUGCGUAUCAGAGGAACGGUGUAUGUUGUCUUGUGAUUGGUAAAACUGCCGGAUUAGGCGAAGGUUCUGGUAUCUUAAUCAAAGUUGAUGGUGAGACGGUCCUGGAGGAUAAGAUGGUGGCGCUGAGGGACCUGUGGGAGGAGACGAGUUUCCAGCUUGAACUGUUGCAGUCCAACCCAAGCUGUGUGGAAAUCGAAAAGGCAGGGCUGAAGCACCGGAAAGCUCCGGAGUACAACCUCACCUUUGAACCAACCGCAGUGACGCCUAUUGAAGAUCGAGACAACUGUCCCAAAGUGGCUGUCAUCCGCGAGGAGGGAAGUAAUGGUGAUCGAGAAAUGGUUGCGAGCUUCUACAUGGCGGGAUUCCAAGUGUGGGAUGUGACGAUGAAUGACAUCUGUCGGGGAGAUUUAACUCUGGAUGGAUUCCGUGGAGUUGUCUUUGUAGGCGGCUUUAGCUAUGCAGACGUCUUGGGCUCUGCCAAAGGAUGGGCAGCAGUGUGUCAGAUAAACCCCACCGCAAAAGCUCAGUUCGAAGCUUUCUUAGCCCGGGACGACACCUUCAGUUUAGGUAUCUGUAACGGUUGCCAACUGAUGGCUCUUCUCGGCUGGGUUGGUUCUGAAGAUACGGGCGAAACCCCCAAAUUUGCCUCCCCGUCCCAAGGCGUCUGCUUUACCCAUAACAUCUCGGAGCGGUUUGAGUCUCGUUUUGUCACCGUCACCAUUGAGUCCAGCCCCGCCCUCAUGCUUCAAGGCCUGGAAGGGUCCAGCCUUGGGGUCUGGGUCGCCCACGGCGAGGGCCGCGCCCAAUUCGUCAGGCCUGAAGUCCUAGACAACGUCGUAUCCAAAAAUCUCGCACCCGUCCGCUACGUCGACGACGAUGGCAAUAUCACUACUCAGUACCCCUUGAAUCCUAACGGGUCACCCCUCGGUAUAGCCGGGCUGUGUUCACCAGAUGGGCGGCACCUUGCUAUGAUGCCACACCCAGAGAGGUGCACGUUGCCAUGGCAAUGGGCGUGGAUGCCUGAGGAGUGGCGUGGAAGUAUGUCUACGUCUCCAUGGUUACGCAUGUUCCAGAAUGCAUAUGAGUGGUGCGUGAAAGAGGGAUAAGCGCAGAGGCAGAAACAUUUAGAAUGAAAACAAUUAUAGAAUUGAAAAAAUAGAAGCAUGCAUCGUGUACCUUAAAAAGCAUAAUAAUAUUCGUGUAAUCAGAAUAGAGCAGUUGACACGGGCGUGACAUAAAAAAAAAACGCAGUAAAUUUGAAUCAUACUAUGUAAUUUGCCGUUUUAGGACUGCGCACUUAAAGGGACUCUAGAAUCCUUGAUGUUCGAUAGUAUAUGUUUGUAAUACUAUUGAAUGCGCUAGGUCUUUCAGCUAUCGCUGCAUAGCCUCACCGCUCAAUAAAAUAAAACCACCUUAGAAUUACC